AGAUAAGCGUAUGCGUUUACACCUAAUCAAUCCCCCACAAAGAGCGCGUCCCACUCCCACAUCCACCUUUGGAUCACCAUCUCCUUUUUCACUCACGUCGAUCGGCCGCAAGUGGAGACGGAGGUCGAUCGUGUCGUGUGAGCCGUGAGCUCGUCCGCCCCCUUUAUCACACACUGCGCACCGCGCGUUCAUGCCGCCUCCACCCACUUGUAAAGCGAGCCAGCCCCCUCUCUCCUUCCCUCUCUCAUCCAUUUCUUGCUGCUUUGAUCGAAGCAAAAAAGGGAAAGCUAUAAAGAUGGCGAGGCAUAUCCAAGCCGAUCACGAGUCCGCAGAUGACAGUGGUGGUGCUGCUGGUGCCGCGCUCGUGCUGUGGGACUGCGGCAGCGCGCUCUACGACUCGUACGAGCUCACCACCUUCAAGCGCCAGCUCGACGCCGCCGUGCUCGCCGGCCGCUCGCUCUCCAUGCCGCACCUCCCCGCCGCCAGCCCGGCCGUUCAGCCAGCCGGCCGCAGGAAGCGCGCGAGGCGGCUCCCCGCCCUGCUCCGGAGACUCUUCUCCAAGGUGCUGCGGCUGGCGUCGGCGCGCGGGGCGAGACACGACCGCUACCGGGCGUACGAGGGGUACGGCCACGGCGGGUACAGCGGCACGGGGUCGCCGUGGUCCGGGGCGCUGACGUCCAUCCCGGAGGAGAGCGGCGGCAGCCCAGAGGCGGGGUCUUCCCCGGUCGUCCCCGGCCCGAGCGCGCUGCGCAGGGCGCAGUCGGAGCGGUUCAUCGGCAGCAAGACGGCGACCCCGAUGGUGCAAUUCGAUGUCGUCUUGUAGUUGUAGCUCGUAUGUGCAUGGAGUAGUAGUUACUUAGGUACCAGACCAUCACAAGCCUGUAAGGUACCUGUAUACUGCAGAAUAUGCACGCUGCAGUGAGUUCUUCUGUGCUGCUGUACAUACAGUGUUCGUGUAAGAAUUUACAGGUGACAACUAAUGAAGUGCGGCCAUGGUAAAAUAGAUUGUGGCCGUUUUUUUUUUAA